UUCUCUCAGUCUGAGUCUGGCGGUUACAAGCUAAGACAUGUUUUCCCGUCUUCGCAAGCGUUUUGGGAGGGGGAACGUCGAUUGUGGAGAGACUAGAGUGAAGGAGUUUGGCCUUUCGUCUCAAAGUAAUGAUGGGCAAAGACAGCACUUCUGGGGAAUACGUUGGGAGAGAAACAUCAUCCCUGGCCCUGAACUAAGCAAGAAUCAGGCCAUGAAGGAAAAGGAGAGGCUGAUUAAAGAGCUGCAGCUCAUUACCGAGGAGAGAAAUGACCUGAGAGAUCGCCUGAGGUUUCUGACAGAGAGAUCCAUGAAGAAGAGGCCACACUUCAGGCCAAAUCCAUAUUAUGAAGACCUGGAGAGAAUGGAGGAGGCGGUCAUGUCAAUUCUGCACAACUUAGAGAUGGAGAACACUGAGGUCCAUGAGAACAACCAUAAGCUGAAGAAGCAGAUUACCUUCUCUAGAAACCGGCUCAGCCAGCUCCUGAUGGAGAACACAUGUAGGAAGAAGUUGGUCCCACUGAAGCAGGAGAACAAGGAGGUACAUCUUGAUUGUGCACUGAACCAGAAAUACUUGGUUGACUUCAACAAGAAAGAUAAAGACCAUCAACGGCCAGAACCAGCAUUAUCAGGUCUCAGAAAGUGCAAGAGAGCUGGAAUUGGACACACACCAGUAAGAGAGCUUCCUGAAGAAUAAUAUGCUUUCUCAGGAGUCCCUGAUGACCAACAUCCUGAAUGAUAACAACAUUUUUUGGAUGAGUAUUCAUCCUCUGAGUUAAUUUGUCAUUUCUUAGAGACCCUAAAUUUAUAUACCACUAAGCCAGCCUGACUGAUUGAAGUCUUACUUUCUUCUCAGAAAACAGCACUUGAGAGACAACUUGGGGGACCGCCUUUCAUUAUGUGUGCUAGAGGAGAAACAGCAAUACGUCUGUGCUUGUAAAUGUUCGUUAAGAAUAUGCUUUUAGAAAUAUUUUUGUUAUGAUUUUAAUUGAAGUUUUCUUUUUGUUGUUUCAUAUUUAUAUGUUCUUGUUACUAUUUUUACUUUCAAAUAUUUUUAAAUAUUUUAUUCAUUUUAAUCCUGUUUUGUUGUAAAAAUGUAUUUGUUAUGAAUAAAAAUUGAAUUCUA